AUGCGUUCAACAGAAAUGCUAACUAUUUAAAGCUUGGUGUAGAUUUGCGCUUAAGGCUAAACUAUCCCUUUGAGGUCAAUGGGGAAUGAGACAGGCGUGACGACUAGACAAGCUGGAGUGUGAUUGGUAACUGAAUGCGUCGGUCAAUCGCAUCAUUAACCCCUCCCACUCCAAAGGCAUUUCCUGUCGAACACGAGAUUUCGCCCGCCCAAGUACCGGCAUUCUCGUUGCAUCAGCUGUCACUCAGACCGCCAAUUCAAACCGGAUAACCUUUGAAAAUUCACAAACUCCAGCAUUUCGACCCGAGACGACAUUCAGAACGAUGUAUGAGCCGGAUUACGCCGAUUCGCCUACGUUUUUCGCUUUAGUAGAACCCGAAGUACCGGCGGGACAUCCUUCCUUCCAGCUCAUCACUAUGACCGGGAGCCCGGAAUGCCGCUAUAGCGAGUGAAUGAUCGAGCAAUCUAACCUCACUCCAAAACAUAUCACGGAGAUUGUUGAAGGGAAAAGGCUCAAAAUAAUCGAUAAUUCCGUGGACAUAUUUGGAAGCUUAUCUGUACGCACGUCUGUCACGCUUCUUGGGUGAAAGCUAUCGCGUGCGCAGCCGUAGGCUCGCGUUCCCUCUCACACAGAGAAAGAGACAGAGAGACUGCACGGGAAACUGCUUUACCAGCCGCUGAAUUGGUCUGGAUUUUGGCGCGUGUGAAAUGCACAAGAGGAGCUCGAUCGUUUCCCCGUUGCUCAGUGGUGUUUUCUGCCAGUGCCGCCCAGAGGAGUAUCAGGGCUCGGACCCCGGGGGUGGCCGGACUCAAGGCUCCACGCUGGCCGCAGUAUCGGUCUCCGAGCACGGCCAUGAUGAGUCCUGCGACUCCCCGCAUCAGUGCCCGGUCUGCGGCGGACCCGAGCAGGAGCAUCGGCUGAAGGUGCUCUUCCAGAUCCUGGAUGUCAACAGAGAUGGAGGCAUCUGUGUCAACGACCUGACCAUCGGACUGAAGAAACUGGGCGUCCACCGCACUGAACAUGAACUUAUGAAAGUCGUCAAGGCUGGAGACAAAGACCUGGAUGGUCAGUUGGACUUUGAGGAGUUUGUGCACUACCUGAGGGACCACGAAAAGAAACUCAGGCUGGUCUUCAAGAGUCUUGAUAAAAAGAACGAUGGUCACAUUGAUUCGCAGGAGAUCAUGCAGUCACUACGAGACCUUGGGGUUCAUAUAUCUGAGGAACAGGCUGAGAAGAUUCUCAAGAGAAUAAGGAGGGGUCAUAUUUGUGCCCCUAUAAUGUAUAUGGAUAAAAAUGGUACGAUGACGAUUGACUGGAACGAGUGGAGAGACUAUCACCUCCUUCACCCCGCCGAAAACAUUCCCGAAAUCAUCCUCUACUGGAAACACUCUACGAUAUUUGACGUGGGGGAAAGUAUGUUGGUACCGGAUGAGUUUACGGCAGAGGAGAAGAACACAGGAAUGUGGUGGCGACACCUGGUAGCAGGAGGUGGAGCAGGCGCUGUGUCCCGUACCUGUACUGCACCUCUGGACCGCCUCAAAGUUCUCAUGCAGGUUCAUGCAACGCGCAGUAACAGCAUGGGUAUCGCUGGAGGAUUCACCCAGAUGAUUCGCGAGGGUGGACUGCGCUCACUGUGGAGAGGCAAUGGGAUCAAUGUUUUGAAGAUUGCACCUGAAUCUGCUAUCAAGUUCAUGGCAUAUGAGCAGAUUAAGCGGCUCAUUGGCAGUAAUCAGGAGACGCUGGGGAUCCUAGAGAGACUGGUUUCUGGUUCUCUAGCAGGCGCAAUUGCGCAGAGCAGCAUUUACCCAAUGGAGGUUUUAAAGACUCGUCUUGCUCUGGGAAGGACGGGUCAGUACUCGGGAAUUGCAGACUGUGCUAAACAUAUUUUUAAGAAGGAGGGCAUGACAGCUUUCUAUAAGGGUUACAUUCCCAAUAUGCUGGGUAUCAUCCCUUAUGCUGGAAUAGACCUGGCUGUUUAUGAGACACUGAAGAACUCAUGGCUGCAGAGGUUUGCCACAGACAGCGCUGAUCCGGGUGUGUUUGUGCUGCUAGCUUGUGGUACAAUGUCCAGCACAUGUGGACAGUUAGCGAGCUACCCGUUAGCCUUAGUGAGGACACGCAUGCAGGCGCAAGCUUCUCAGGAAGGAAGUCCUCAGAUGACCAUGUCAGGACUCUUCAGACACAUUGUACGGACAGAGGGCGCUAUUGGACUCUAUAGAGGCUUGGCACCCAAUUUUAUGAAGGUCAUCCCUGCUGUUAGCAUCAGCUAUGUGGUCUAUGAGAACUUAAAGAUCACCCUUGGCGUUCAGUCCCGGUGAGAGAAACCUGAGCACUGUUAAAUCCUUUUUUCUUUUUUUAUUACUGAAAGGAAUCCUUCGACAGUUUGCACUCAAGGAGAAAUGGAGCAUCAGUUGGCCAAGAAACAGCAUGCAUGAUGGGAAGAUCAAAACUUUUUUUUUUCCUCAAAAUUUCAAGCCAGAGGUUUGCUUUUGAUCCCUGAAUGGAAGAAUAACUGGAAUAUAUGAGAAAGCACUGAAAGAUAAUAAUCAAUACCUCUGCUUAAAACACAAUCUUUGCUGUGAGUAAAAUGUGAGCAUCUCUAAAUGACGUGUGUUUUAAAUCCAGACACCCCCUCAAUUAUCCUCUGAUGUCAUUUUAAAGGAACUCUCCAAUUCUUUUGGAAGUAGGCUCGCUUUACUAAUCACCUGGAGUUAAACAGUUGAGCACUGUUAGCUUAGCUUAGCAUAAAUCAUUGAAUCCGAUUAGACCAUUAGCCAUUUAUUGUAAAUUGAGCAUAUUUCCCCCAAAAAAGUGGAGUUUUUCUUUAAGGAUAUGGAGUUGUUUGCUGUAGGGACUGCAAGACUGUAUUAAAGGAUUUAUGUGAAGGAAGAGUCACACACAAGAUUGAUUCAAAGAGCAAGAGUUACAGAAUCAUUUAGUACAUGCAACAACAACAAACAAAACAACUGCAUUCUUCAGUUCAUUAUUUAAAGCAAACAACUGGAACUGGAUGCGCUAGAAACUUUGUUAGAUGUGAUGCUAAUAUUCCUGGUGGAGCUCCGGAGUCCUCAUUCCACUAGAUGGCAGUGUUCAGUAGUGAAGUCUGGCACUUUCUUAUAAAAUCAACAACAUACUUACAUUUCGCUCACAUAACUUAUUGCUUUUAUGUUUAUUCAACUUAUUUGUUUGUGUUAUUAGGCUCAAUUUACACUUUUCAUGUUUUCAAAGUUACAGAGAGCAACAUGGGGGAUUAUUGAACGUUUUCUUACUCAAAUGGGGUCCCAGUUAUACCGCUGAGGACUUUUCUUUGAUAAUUUAUUUUUUAAUGCUGUUUAUUUAUUAAAUGUAGAAGGUUAUUAGAAAAAGAAUUCAACAUAAAAUGAUUUAAAGAAACACUACACACUCCCCAUGAUGAUGGGCAGCUAAACAGAUGUUAAGGAAAAAGAAAGUCUUUAACACUUUGGGUCCAGGUUGAAAAUGAUUGUGGUUUGAGAAUCAGUUAGUCAGUGAUUCUCAACUUCAGACCCACCACUCUGCAUAUUUUUAUGUCUCUUUCAUUUACAUGCAGGAAACUUUGGAAAUUUGGUUCCACCACUAAAUAUCUAAACUAAAUGACUUCAUCUCACAAUUCUGACUUUUUCCUCUCAGUUUUGACUCUCAUUUGCUAGUUGUUAAAAUAGAAUUUCAGUACUUGCAUACUUGUAUAUCUAAAUAGUCAGCUUUAAAUGGAAAGACCGGUUGAAACCCGCAAUUCUGACUUUGCUUUUUCAGAAUUGUAAGAUUUAAACUCUCAAUUCUAUAGAUAUGUAGUCAAAUAUAGCCUUUUCCUUUUAGAACUGAACUUUGUGACUUGUGAAUACGAGUUUGUCUCAGUUUUGGGGAAGUAAAUGUGGGUUUUUAUCCACCAACUUAAGACUUUUUUUCAUACUGCUUUUCUCCCACUGUUAACAGUGAAUAUCUAGCAAUUAUGUCUUAAUAAUGGGCAAAUGCGUGAUUUUAUUAUGUAAUUCUGAGGAAAAUAAGUCAGAACUGCAGGGUUUAUUUCUGCCAAAUUGACAAAUUUUCUCAAAUAGCUACCUUUUUUUUGGCCAAUGCAAGUUUCAAUCACUCAUUUCUGAAAAACGUAAGAAUUGUAAAAUAAAAACCCACAUCUACAUUUUUCAUUUUUUUAUUCAGUGGCCAUAUGAAUCAGAUCUUCAGCUUGAGUUAACGAGAGCUCCAUAACCUGAACUGUGUGCGUCCAAUAGGAGACGCAUGUAAAGUAUGCAGAUGACUGAGUUGAGGAACCGCUGGUCUUGGUAAAGUUUGAGAAAACAAAGCUACUGAUAUUUUCAAACAAUUCUUGUUCAUAGAUGAUCUGCAUAACUUCAGUGUAAAUAUCAUUUCUCACCAUUAUUAGUUUUGCGAGGACUUCAGUAACGUCUAUAACACUCUGAUUUAUACUCCGUCUAGUUAAGGAACAUAUUUAAGCACUUUAUUUUAAUAAUAAAAAUAAAAUAAACCAGACUUGAAUUUUUAGGAGAACUUGCAACAGAAGGAUAGUAUUCAGUAGUUCAGUAGUGUGUGUUUAAGAGCAUUUUUAAAUGUUUGUUUCAGCUUGGGGGGAAAAGAGUUCAGUUUUUGUAAACUAAACGCUAAAAGAGGUAUACAGUAUGUUAUGAUAUCUUUUGACUCUUCAUCAGGAGAUGGAUAUCUUGUAUAUUUGGAUGUGACAUUUCAAAAUUGACACCCAUGUUAAAAAUGAAUUUAGUUUUUUGUUGACCUUACGGCAUUUGCAUGAGAAGCCCUGAAACCCAGCAGUUCACUGGGUUGCGAUUCUACAAGACCUUUAGUGUUGAUAUAGUUGCCUUAUUUAUAAAUGGAAUAAAGCUGCUUUUAGACUCUUUGGAGGAAAUGUAGGAAGAUGGGAAUGAAAUAUUUUUCUAAUGCGUUGAUUCUCAGGGAGAAUACAGCGGUCUCAGAUGAGACUCUUCUCCAUUCUGCGUGGUACAGUAUGUGUGCAGGCCCUGAGAACAGUUUGGCUUUUUUUCAUGGCCCGAAAACAAACUUGUAUCAGUGGAAAAACUGCGAAUACCCUUCUGUGUCCUGCUGAGCUCAGCUGCGGCCCGAUUCCCUUUGGAUCAAUUCCGUCUUUGUAAAUGCAUGUGUAUGUGUGUGUCUUGUCUGAAUAUGCACAAGUUGCACUGUAGAGUCUACAGGGCUUUAAAAGCUGUAUUGCCUGCCUCGUGAUGGAAGCAGCGUAUUUUUGUCCGUUUUGCGUUUUGCACUGUUUCUCACAGGAGAAAUCUCUGGACUCUAGAUGUCCUGAGACUAAAGGCUUUAGAUUUGUGUGCGUUUCUUUUUUUUUGGUGGCGAUUCACACAAUCAAGGAAUGCCACUCUUCGAGACUGCCUCUAGUCUAUUGCCUUAUCAUUGAGCUGUUUGCUGCAGCUUCUGUGAGUGUAAAUGCACAGUGUUUGCCACAUCUAUAUCCAUAUGUACUGUUGCUGGGCUCCCCUGACUUUCAUAAGCAUUCAUACUAAUCAAAUAUCCAGAUUUUUGUACCGUGAAACAUAUCUAGAUGUGAUGACACAUCUGCAAAGUUUCAGUUGAUGCCGCAAUGUGCAGAUCAAUGCAAAAAUAUGUUUACUGGACUAAAGGAAAAUAAAAUCUAUGUCCGCUAUAGAAUGCAAAAUUGAAUGUAGAGUGGGAAUAUUUAUGUUUGUAAAAUAACUGUAAAAUAAAGUUAUUCUUGAUUUUGUUCAUG